AUGGAUGCACUGGAUAGCGAAAAGCACAUCGCGGGCGAUCACACCCAAGAUGGCUCAAGUUCCCUCGACGAGGACGCCCAGAAGCUUGCGGCCAUGGGCUACAGCCAGGACAUGAAACGAAAGUUUUCUGUUCUGUCCCUCCUCGCCGUCGGCUUCUCCCUCACCAACUCGUGGUUCGGUAUCUCCGCCUCCCUGAUCACCGGUAUCAACUCCGGUGGCCCCGUCUUGACGGUCUACGGUAUUCCUUGGAUCGCUUUUAUUUCCGCGUGCGUCGGAAUCACUCUUUCUGAGCUGGCGAGCGCGCUUCCGAACGCCGGAGGCCAGUACUUCUGGGCAAACGAAUUGGCUCCUCGAAACUAUGCCAACUUUGCUUCGUACCUGACCGGCUGGUUCGCGUGGACCGGCAGCAUCUUCACGUCGGCUAGUGUCGCAUUGAGUCUGGGAUUGGUUGGUGUAGGCAUGUAUCAGAUGGCCCACCCCGAAUUCGUUCCUGAGGCCUGGCACGCUGUCGUUGCAUAUCAAGUGAUUAACACCUUUGCAUUCUUGUUCAACUGCGUCGGCAAGCUGCUCCCCAAGGUCGCAACCGUGACCCUGUACACCUCGCUCAUCUCCUUCAUCACUAUUUUGAUCACCGUGCCCGCCAGAGCUGAGACGCAUCAGAGCGCCAAAUUCGUCUUUGCCACUUUCAUCAAUUCCACUGGGUGGAAAUCGAAUGGCAUCGCCUAUCUGGUCGGCUUGAUCAACUGCAACUGGGUCUUCGCCUGUCUCGACUCCGCAACCCACUUAGCCGAGGAAGUCUCUAGGCCUGAGAAGGCCAUUCCGAUCGCCAUCAUGGGAACCGUCGCGAUCGGUUUUACCACCGCCUGGUGCUUCGUCAUCUCUAUGUUCUUCAGCCUCAGCGACUUCGAAAAGGUAGUUGCCAGCCCAACCGGUGUCCCGAUCUUGGAGCUCUUCCACCAGGCUCUGAAGAGCAGAGCGGGCGCCGUCGCCCUGCAGUCCCUCAUCCUGGCCACCGGCAUGGGAUGCCAGAUUGCAUCGCACACCUGGCAAUCUCGACUGUGCUGGUCGUUCGCUCGGGACCGAGGAUUGCCAUUCCACUCCUGGCUUUCCAAGAUUGACCCCAGACUCGACGUCCCCUUCAUUGCUCAUUCGUUCAGCUGCUUCAUCGUCGGUGCGCUCGGGCUUCUCUAUCUAGGAUCCACGGCCGCGUUCAACAGCAUGGUCACCGCCUGCAUUGUCCUGCUGUACGUUUCCUACGCUGUGCCCAUCAUCUGCUUGCUCAUCCGCGGCCGCAACAACAUCAAGCACGGCCCGUUCUGGCUUGGGAAAAUCGGAUUGGCCGCAAAUAUCAUCGUCCUCUCCUGGACGCUGUUCACCAUCGUUAUCUUCUCGUUCCCCUCUGUUUAUCCCGUUGAGAUUGGCAACAUGAACUACGUUUCCGUUGUGUAUGCUGUGGUGAUCAUCCUCAUUGUCAUUGACUGGUUCCUCCGGGGAAAGCGAGAGUUCAGAGGUCAAUCCAUGCGUCAUAAUGAGGCUGAGCUGAAUGCUUAUCGGAGAGAAAGCGUAAAAAUAGAGAAUUAA